AAUUUUAUGUUUGAUGAGCCAAAUCCACAGCGGGCCCAAUAAUAUUGGGCUACUUAGAGCUCUAGGGUUCGCAGCCCAUUCAAUACCGCAUAUAGCCGCUCCGCUUUAUAACUCCAACACUACAAAACCCUAAUUUUCUCUUCCCUUAACACUCCAGAGCAGGUACAGAAGCGGCACGCGAGAGAAGAAGCAGCAGCAGCAGCAAUGGGUAUCGACUUGGUCGCCGGAGGUAAGGUCAAGAAGACCAAGCGUACAGCGCCGAAAUCCAACGAUAUCUACCUCAAACUCCUCGUGAAGUUGUACCGUUUUUUGGUGAGGAGAACUGGAAGCAAAUUUAAUGCGGUUGUUCUGAAGAGACUAUUCAUGAGCAGGAUUAACAGGCCCCCGCUCUCUCUCUCCCGCCUCAGCGCACUCAUGAAUGGGAAGGAAGAUAAGAUUGCAGUACUUGUAGGAAGUGUUACCGAUGAUAUUCGUGUUCAUGACAUUCCUAAAAUGAAGGUUGCGGCUCUCAGGUUCACUGAGAGAGCUAGGGCCAGAAUUGAGAAAGUUGGUGGAGAAUGUUUGACUUUCGACCAGCUUGCUCUAAGGGCUCCUCUUGGGCAGAACACGGUGCUCUUGAGAGGUUCCAGGAAUGCUCGUGAAGCUGUUAAGCACUUUGGCCCAGCUCCUGGUGUUCCACACAGCCACACCAAGCCUUAUGUUCGAGCCAAGGGACGAAAGUUUGAGCGUGCCAGAGGAAAAAGAAACAGCAGGGGUUUCAGGGUUUGAGUUAUUCAGAGCUAUGAUGUUUUAUUGCCAAUUUUGGCUUUCAGACUGUCGGAGACUUGUUAUCUCAGUAGUGCUCUAUUAUGUGCCAUGCCCUUGAAAAGUUUUGGACAAAUUUUGUUUCUUGAGAUAUUCUAUAAUCAUUAUCCUA